AUGCACCUGCAGGAUAACAAAUUGGAGGUUGAGGCAGAGAUCAGGCUUUGCAGUGGAAUGAAAGAGUGAGAGGCACCUGUCGGCUUGAGGCAGUUAUUUUCCACUGUGAUAGUAAAUAAACAGUACACCUGAUAUCAGUUUCCAGAGCCUUAGGUAGACAGGAGAGCGGGAGAGUCCAGGGGCGAAGGGGAGAGCGGCUAGGGGUAGAGACAUUAAUCUUGCAUCUGUUUCCGUUUCACACCCCGGAUACCAUUUGUGUUUGUUUUUGUGUGUGUGGAUGCGUGUGUGUGUGGAUGCGCGUUUGUGUGUGCAUGUGUGUGUGUGUUUUCUUGUGUAUGACUCAGCUCUGACUAGGUCUAUGGUAACACAGGGCUGCAGAGGGAGAUAGACAGGAGAAACGCCUGUUAGAAACAAACAGGAAAGAGGAAGUGAGCACUGAGAGGGACAGUAUGGCGACACAGCUGAGGAUCUGAGAUACAGGUCUGGACUUUGACCAAGAAAACGUGUGCUGUGUGUUCCACAUGCAUUGUAGUGGACACACACUGUCAGCUUUGGGGGUAUGAUCUUUUGUGUCCUUUGUGUGUGUCACGGUCUACAUGUUUGUGUGAGUGUAUAUUUUAGUAAGUGCAUUUUGUGUGUUUUGUGUUGAGACAUUAAUGAAGCAGCUCAGCUCCACUUCUCGGGCUCCUCUCGGGCUCCUAUGCUCUGAUUCAUCAUGUCUGUGCUCAUUGAUCAUGUCUCUCCUCUCCCUCUUUUGUUGGUAGAAACGGGGGCCUUCAGUUGCCUGAGACGCACCACCACGAGGAGGAAACAGAGCAGAACAUAGCCCAGAGAGGAGGCAGAAACCACGUGAAGGACUGACGUGGAUGACUGCAGUCACAAAGAUAGGGAGCGGUGACGUGAGAGCCAUGAGGGAGGAGAGCGAGGGGGAUUUGCUGCACCUACACAUCAUCCCCGAACACUGUCUCCACUAACACCUCCAUCCCCAUUCCUGCUCCGUAAGCUUCCUCAGGGGGUGACCCUUGAUAUGACCCCCAGCACCCUUGGCAUCAGGCUGUCCAGCCCAAGCCCCAGCUCCAGGCUCUGUGUGGGCAUCCCACCAUGUCCUGGUAGAGCUCUGUGCUAACGCCAGUCCCAAAGCCUGGGAUAAACCCACAGAGGACCAACGGACAGCCUCUAGACCACGAGGAGAAUGAAAUAUUCCUGAGUCAUUCCUGCUCUGUGGUUCUUGUUUCUCUCUGUUUGCUCUGAGUGGAAGGUGUCUCUCUCUCUUCCCAUCAAGCCCCUGCAGCUUUGAAGAUUCAAACGUAAUCCUAUCCCUGUUCUGACAUCCAUCCCUCUCUUCCUUUGCCUAGUCUCUUAUCUCUGCUCCUUUUGAUCUUUCAGAUUAUUUUGGUUUGACCCCAGACACGCCCCUUUUGCCACCCGGCACGUUCUCCUCUGUGAUCACCACGUUUUCCUCGGUGUUCACCGCGUGGCAGACGACCAUGGGUUGCCGGCAAAGUUCGGAGGAGAAGGAGGCGGCGCGGCGCUCCCGGCGGAUUGACCGCCACCUGCGCUCGGAGAGCCAGCGGCAGCGGCGUGAGAUCAAGCUCCUUCUGCUGGGCACCAGCAACUCUGGCAAGAGCACCAUCGUCAAGCAGAUGAAGAUCAUCCACAGUGGAGGCUUCAAUCUGGACGCCUGCAAGGAGUACAAGCCCCUCAUCCUUUACAACGCCAUCGACUCGCUCACACGCAUCAUCCGCGCCCUCGCCACGCUCAAGAUCGACUUCCACAACCCUGACCGCGCCUACGAUGCCGUGCAGCUCUUCGCUCUGACCGGGCCGGCCGAGAGCAAAGGGGAGAUCACAGAGGAGCUGCAGGGGGUCAUGAAGCGCCUGUGGGCCGACUCAGGCGUGCAGGAGUGCUUCUGCCGCUCCAACGAGUACCACCUGGAGGAUAACACUGCCUACUAUCUGAACGACCUGGACCGCAUCUCCUCCAACGAGUUCAUCCCCACCGUGGAGGACAUCCUGUGCUCCCGUGACAUGACCACAGGCAUUGUGGAGAACAAGUUCACCUUCAAGGAGCUCACCUUCAAGAUGGUGGAUGUGGGGGGGCAGCGCUCGGAGAGGAAGAAGUGGAUCCACUGCUUCGAGGGUGUGACCGCCAUCAUUUUCUGUGUGGAGCUAAGCGGCUAUGACCUCAAGCUAUACGAGGACAACCAGACGGUAAGGGAAGCCAUUGGGCAACAUAUGCAACAUUAGCCAUGACACAACCAUCCAGUUCCUGUCCACACUCUUGGGGCAUGCUGUUAGCUAUGGCACUGUGGUGUUCUCCUUUUCACACUUCUCAGGGCGCAUUACAUCUAGGGCCACACUUCUCAUUUCUGCUGAAUUUAAUAGACAUCAUAUCACUCAAAAUUGGAGUGUCCUCAGAAUGUUGGAGUUAGAAACAAGUAAAUGAUCAAGUAACAAACCCUAACUAACCCUUCAAAGAGGAAUAUAUUGUAUAUCUGACAUUCUGUGUGGAUAUGAUAGCUUUACCCCAUGAAAGCUGAAAAGGGAAGACUGUAUUCCUACAUAGAGGGCUAACAGUUUAUUUAUGUAUUUUUUGUUUUAUUUAUUUGUACCAAAGAAAAGGGCUACCUGUUGUGAGAAGCAUUAGGAGCAGAUAACACAUGCAAGAGCACGAGCCUGAUGUUAUCUCUGCUGCGUCAUCACUACUCUAUACCGCUCUUUACAACCUUCUGCAUUUCCUGCAUCUACUUCUCAUGAAACAGUAUACUAAAUGCUUCCGUCAUGGUCUACAGGAAGUCUAGAUUCUCCUACACUAUAUUUUCGGAAAACAUGUUAGCACAUGUUGGGUCAGCUAGAGAAUGUUGGGUCUUAGCUGUUAGAGAAAUGAAGGGAAAGUUGAUAACAACAAUGCAUCACAUUCUUGUUUGUAACUUUUAGCUAUACUCUACCUUCCUGUGGCCUGAUAAUUCACGUGUAACAUAAAUAAGACAAGAUGUAUUAGGCGCUCGCUGAGUUAGUACAUGAAAUCAAUACGUUUACAUUUUAGUCAUCUUAUCCAGAGUGACUUACAGGCUCAAUUAGGCUAAAGUGCCUUUAUCAAGGGCAUAUUUCUUACCCACUCUGCUUGGGGAUUCAAACCAGCGACCUUUCAGUUACUGGCCCAACGCUCUUAACCGCUAAGCUACCGGCCACCCGUUUUAGCAAGUUAUAAAUACAUUCUUGAGAGGAAAAUGCAGUUAGGCGUUAAUUGAGUUCAUAGUGUAAGGUGUGAGGGUGUACCUGUGAGAAUUAGCAGCUUGCGAUGGCACUGUUCAGCAGUAGGAUGUCACAGGUCCAGGAACAAUUAACUAAGAGGUGGGGAAAUGAAGAGAGAGAAGGAGAGGAAGUGAGGAAUAGAAAAUGAAAAAAGGGGAUUGUUUGGAGGAAAUCUGAGGCCCCACCCUUCUGGACAUUGUUUAUGAACUCUGGGUGUGGUUGGCAGGCACGGCUGAUUUGGGCCCUUAUCAGUGAAAUGUCUGCUGGAACAGUUUACACAGCUUUCCCCUUUACUGCAAGAUACUUUUUCAACCCAAUGAGGUUUUAAGGUUUGAGGGAUGAGCAUGAAUAAUAUGAAUACUAUUUCAUUGUUAAUUAGAUGCUAUGUAAUGUUGAUAGGCCUACACAGUGGCUUAGUGUUCCAAUCAGCAUCUUAUGAAGUAUUCUGUUCAAAUAAACAUUUGGUUCUGGUGCAAACUAAGUUCUGGUGUAUUUCAAGCCUUCAGGACAUACUAUGAUGCAUGAUGUUAGGAAUGAUGAAAACAGCUCUAGCAAUAUUAGUGUCUGACUCAAUGUAGCAUUAUGUCUCAAUGUGUCUCAUAAACCCUCGGAGCCAUAUGAGAAUGUGUCUGAAGACAGGGAGACAAGCAGAGAGGCAUGGAGUCAGAGAGGGAAUCAGAGAGAGACAGGGAGGCAGGGAGGGAGACAUGGAGAAUGGGGCUGUGGUGAGCACUCAACUUGACGCCGCUCACUCUCAAAUGCAGCUCACUCUAAAAUGGAGCUCUCUCUCUCCUCUCGCUCUCUCUACUCUCAUGCAUGGCAACAGAAAGGGGAUGGAUCAGAGAGGGCCUGAACGAUUGAGUCUUAGACAUGAGUAUAUUUGAGGUAUUAUUUUUAUGUGUGUGUAUCGGUGCAGAAAUCUAUCUUUGAAGGACUGUCUGAGACAAGAAGGGACCCUUGAAGCCCUGACACUAUCUCUAGGCAGUUUACUGAUGCCAUUUGUUUUUGGCAGUGUACGUGUAUGUUUGAUGGUUUAGGUAUGACCUCUUUGGGACUGUUAUUAAUCAAAAGGGAUAGGUUGUGGUUGAAAGUCCAUGGCAAAAAGAGUGGGAAUGGGACUGAUAAGAAUAGUGGAGUGCAGUUAGGUGUAGACCUGGGUUCAAAUACAAUUUCAAAUAUUUCAAUUACUUUCACAUACAUUUCAAACUAAUUCAGAUAUUUUUUAUUUGAAAAGACAUAAUAUUGGAAUGUACUUGGAAAGUAUUGGCAUGUAUUUGAAAAUACUCAAAUACACUGACUCAAAUACACUCCCAUGCAUUUAACCCAGGCAUUUGAAAAUAGUAUUUGAAAAUACUUUCAAAUAGUAGGCUAUUUUAUAUAACAAAUAAUCAAAUACACAUGUAUUUGAACCCAGGUCUGGUUAGGUGAGAGAUAGGGAAAGAGAGGGACACAAAUUAGCAAGAUAAAGCUACCUAGAGCGUGUAGCAGAAUUGGGAGAAGAGUGGUGAGGUUUCUCCACAGAGAAAAAGCUCUGGAUCUACAAUUACUUGAAUAAUGGCGCUCGUAUGGCACUAUAGUAUCACCUCCAUAACUCACUAACGACAGUCAUCCUUCAAUCAUGCUCUAUAACAAAAUGGACCCAGUUGCAAUGGUGACCUUCAACUACAAUAUUUCACAUCUGUUUUAACAUGUGCAAUCGUCUGAUGUUAAAUGUAAAAAUAGUAUUUGUUUUAUUUUGUGCCAUGGCACGCUAGUACCUGAUUGGAUUAGAUAGCCCAUGUGAUGUGUCUCAGCCAUUGACAGACCAAAUUAUGAACCAAAUUAUGUAACAAGAGCAUAGCUUAAUAAUUGUUAGGGUUUGGACUAUUGGUUUCUGUGAGCUGGAAUGUGUUAUUUUGGGCAGUGCUUGCUCUAGGGGAGAGGAGAGAGAGUGGGCAUGGUGUGUGUCUGCCUUGAGAUUUUAUCUGCAGGGAUUGGACAGGACAGGUCCAGAGGUUAUUUGGGAAACAGUUUGGAUACAGGAGGCUAGGGGAACACAUGAUGACCUCAAAUUAUGAGACUGAAAAGAUUUGGCAUGGGUCCUCAGAUCCUCAAAAAAUUCUACAGCUGCACCAUCGAGAGCAUCCUGACUGGUUGCAUCACCGCCUGGUAUGGCAACUGCUUGGCCUCCGACCGAAAGGCACUACAGAGGGUAGUGCGUACGGCCCAGUACAUCACUGGGGCAAAGCUUCCUGCCAUCCAGGACCUCUAUACCAGGCGGUGUCAGAGGAAGGCCCUCAAAAUUGUCAAAGACUCCAGCCACCCUAGUCAUAGACUGUUCUCUCUGCUACCGCACGGCAAGCGGUACCGGAGUGCCAAGUCUAGGUCCAAAAGACUUCUCAACAGCUUCUACCCCCAAGCCAUAAGACUCCUGAACAGCUAAUCAUGGCUACCCGGACUAUUUGCACUGCCCCCCCACCCCAUCCUUUUUAUGCUGCUGCUACUCUGUUAAGUAUUUAUGCAUAGUCACUUUAACUCUACCCACAUGUACAUAUUACCUCAACUACCUCAACUAGCCGGUGCCCCCGCACAUUGACUCUGCAACGGUACCCCCCUGUAUAUAUAGCCUCCCUACUGUCACUUUAUUUUACUUCUGCUCUUUUUUUUCUCAACACUUUUUUUUGUUGUUGUUUUAUUUUUACUUUUUUUGUUUAAAAUAAAUGCACUGUUGGUUAAGGGCUGUAAGUAAGCAUUUCACUGUAAUGUCUGCACCUGUUGUAUUUGGCGCAUGUGACCAAUAAAAUUUGAUUUGAUUUUGAUUUGGAGCUCAUCACCACCUGAGAAACCAGCAGGAAAUGAAUGGGCAGAAUCAUGAGUACUGUAACCAUAGAAUUAGGAAUUAGAACUCGUCUCUCUCUUACUCCAUCACAUGUAGUGUAGUACUGGAUCACUGGUAGGGCACGCUACACAGGGUUUUUAGAGAGGAUGUCUGUCUUUGUGAGGAAAAAGUCUUACAAUUCUUUCCCCACCCACCCACUCCCUGAUGCAUUUUUCCUGUCCCAUCCCUGUCUUCAUAAUGAAUUGGUUGCCAUGCCUUCAGUUGCCUAGUAACAGACCAGUCGAAUGCUCCUAAUAAUCUUGGGCUGUUGACAGUGAGCUGUGAUUUAGGGAGAGUGUGUGUAUGCGUGCAUCCACGUGUGUGUGUUCUGCCUGCAUGCGUGUGUGUACUGUAAAUUAAUAAAUGUUUGUAUGCGGUAGGGAGGGCUGAACAACUGGGUUGCAUACUGUGUGUAUGUGAGGUGAAAAAACAAAGUACAAGGGCUUUCUGGUUGUAGUGGUGUACAGUGGACAGACAUUUCACAGAGCUGUUACAGUGACAUGUGAUUGCACUCUAAGCCCCAUAGACAUAGUAGAGAUGUUAAAUUAAAGUGUCCAGUGACUCCAGAGGAUCCAGAAUAGGACCACACAUCUACACUUCUAAAUAGGUUUAAAAUCUCCUAAGGAGCGUAAGCAUACUUUCUCACGCUGUUAAUAUGAAAGUCAUAAUUUAACGAGUUAAUCUAAUACAAUUUCAUUUUAAUGAAUGGGGAAUUGUGUAUAAUUGGAAACUGUGUUUCACAGCAGAUAGGAUGACAGAGUAGGACCAUUAUUGGGUUAGCUACUGAAACACUCACCAACUAUGAGGUGUUUAAACAGAAUUUAAGAUCUCAAACUCAGUUAGUCCUUGCCUCUCAUAAUCCAAGUAGAGCCUUUCUGCUAAGCCAUUUUUGUUGUCUUUUCCCAAACAUGCAUGUAAACCAACACACAGUGAAGUGCACUGUGUUGUAGCCCUCUGGCUGUAAAUUAUAGUGGUGUAUAGCAACCAGUAGUAGUCAUGAGCAACCUGCUCUCAGAGCAUUUCGUAUUAUUCUGUAUGUAAAUCCAGGACACUCCAUUUAGUAUGAUAUGUUACGUUUCGUAUGGUAUUUAUUAAUUUGGGGAUGUCCAUCACUUGGGCUGUGGCGGUCAUUACAUUUUGUCAGACGGUUAUUGUCAUGCAAAAGACUGCCACAGUAAUUUACGGUUAAUUAACAUAAACACGUUUAGCAUCUCCAGGCCUCCACGCCUUUGGAACAUCUACAUUUAAAAAAGUCUAAUAAAUCAAUGUAAUAUACACCAUCACAAUAAAUCCAUUAUUUAUUUUAGGCAAGUCUAAAGAAACAGUAUGAUAUGAAGAAAAUGUAUUUUCGAAGAACAGAAUAUGAGUUGAUCUACUGUAUGUUAUCUGGCUAUGCACCAUGCCAUAGGCUUGUUCAUUUAGCUGACAAAAUAUGCUUAUAAGUCCCGUGCCAUUAUUUUAUUUUAUAUGAUUUUAUAGUAAGAACAAUAUACACUACAUGGCCAAAGGAUUGUAGACACCACUUCAAAUUAGUGGAUUCAGCUAUUUCAGCCACACCUGUUGCUGACAGGUGUAUAAAAUCGAGCACACAGCUUUGCAAUUUCCAUAGACAAACAUUGGCAGUAGAAUGGCCCGUACUGAAGAGCUCAGUGACAUUCAACGUGGCACCGUCAUAGGAUGCCACCUUUCCAACAAGUCAGUGUGUCAAAUUUCUGCCCUGCUAGAGCUGCCCCAGUCAACUGUAAGUGCUGUUAUUGUGAAUUGGAAACGUCUAGGAGCAACAAUGGCUCAGCCGCGAAUUGGUAGGCAACACCGCCGGGUUCUGUAGCGCGUAAAAAUCGUCUGUCCUCGGUUGCAACACUCACUACUGAGUUCCAAACUGCCUCUGGAAGCAACUUCAGUACAAGAACUGUUCGUCGUGAGCUUCAUGAAAUGGGUUUCCAUGGCCGAGCAGCCGCACACAAGUCUAAGAUCACCAUGCGCAAUGCCAAGCGUCGGCAGGAGUGGUGUAUAGCACACCGUCAUUGAACUCUGGAGCAGUGGAAAUUCGUUCUCUGGAGUGAUGAAUCACGCUUCACCAUCUGGCAGUCCGACGGACAAAUCUGGGUUUGGCAGAUGCCAGGAGAACGCUACCUGCCCCAAUGCAUAGUGCCAACUGUAAAGUUUGGUGGAGGAGGAAUAUUGGUCUGGGGCUGUUUUUCAUGGUUCGGGCUAGGCCCAUUAGUUAUAGUGUAGGGAAAUCUAAACGCUACAGUAGUCCCCUGUAGCUCAGUUGGUAGAGCAUGGUGCUUGCAACGCCAGGGUUGUGGGUUCGUUUCCCACGGGGGGCCAGUAUGAAAAUGUAUGCACUCACUAACUGUAAGUCGGAUAAGAGCGUCUGCUAAAUGACUAAAAUGUAAAUGACAUUCUAAACGAUUCAGUGCUUCUAACUUUGUGGCAACAGUUUGGGGAAGGCCCUUUCCUGUUUCAGCAUGACAAUGCCCCCUUGUACAAAGGGAGGUCCAUACAGAAAUGGUUUGUCGAGAUCAGUGUGGAAGAACUUGACUAGCCUGCACAGAGCCCUGACCUCAACCCCAUCGAACACCUUUGGGAUGAAUCGGAAAGCCGACUGUGAGCCAGGCCUAAUCGCCCAACAUCAGUGCCCAACCUCAUUAAUGCUCUUGUGGCUGAAUGGAAGCCCCCGCAGCAAUGUUCCAACAUCUAGUGGAAAGCCUUCCCAGAAGAGUGGAGGCUGUUAUGGCAGCAAAGGGGGGACCAACUCCAUAUUAAUGCCCAUCAUUUCAGAAUGAGAUGUUCGACAAGCACUACUUUUGGUCAUGUAGUGUAUGUUAUGUGGUCCUCUGUAGCUCAAUUGGUAGAGCAUGGCGCUUGUAACGCCAGGGUAGUGGGUUCGAUCCCCGGGACCACCCAUACGUAAAAAUGUAUGCACACAUGACUGUAAGUCGCUUUUGAUAAAAGCGUCUGCUAAAUGGCAUAUUAUUAUGAAUUCUAGCUAGAUGUUAGGGGUAAGGGGUUAGGGUUAAGUUUAAGAGUUAGGUUAAAGGGUUAAGGUUAGGGUUAGGGAAAGGUUAGCUAACAUGUUAAGUGGUUGAAAAGUAGCAAAAAAGUAGUAAGUAGUUGAAAAGUUGCCAAUGCUAAAGUUGUCCGUGAUGAGAUUCGAACUCGCAACAUUUGGGUUGCUAGACAGUCGCGUUAUACGAUCACCCAUCAGACCACUGCCUUAAGUAACCAUAUGUCUUAUGUAACCAUACCAAACAUAACACAUCAUACUAAUUUGGGUGUGCCGAAUUUACGUUUGCUAUGUUACAUCUAGUCUAUGAGACCAGGCUGUCAUGAGAGUAAAGCAUAAAUCAUAGUCCACAGACAUGCGAUAGUCAGGCGUCUCAUUGUGACAUAGCAACGCGUCCACCAUCAAAUGUGCACCUCCCAACAACCAACGUGGCUCUGGUACACGUCCUCUAUUCAUUUAAAUGUGUUGACAGUUGGAGAAAUUGCUUGAGCUGCGCAGAGAAUUCGAAAAGUUUGAAAGCCAACAGUGCAAAAUUCUAAAACACUGCUGUGAGUAAGCAUACACGUUUUGGACUAUGAUAUACGCUUUAGACUUUAGGGUCCUUGAGGAACGUAUACAUUGUAAAUCACAAUUGUUAUGGUAUGGGGGUGUAUUGGGGAAAUCAAUGACCGUAAAAUGUUGAAUACACUCAAAUUAAUCAUGGAAGCUUCUUGAAUUGAAUUGAUCCUGGAAUUAAAUGUUGUUUAUAGGCUGCACAUUUAAUUGAAUCUUGCAGAGCCAAGAGCUGUUGAUUGAAUGAGGCUGCAGUGAGCAGCAGCACAGUGUACAGCCAAGGAGAGAAGAGAGAGGGAUGGGGUGGAGUAAAGACAGCUACAGAGCAUUGGGUGAAAAUAUGUGAGGUAAUGCUAGCUCAAAAUAUUCAGGUGGCAUUACAAAACAGAGAGAGUGAGGGAUAAACUACCUUAAUUAAUAAUAGUGUAGUGUGUAUACAGAGCCCUUUCUUUGAGGCUCUGGCAAUUAUAAUGAAACAUAAUUAAUGGAAAACGUUGUGCAUGAUAUUCUUGAAGCAAUUGUAUUAUUUGUGUCCCAUGUCUUAAUGUACAGUGGAUAUACACUGAACAAAAAUAUAAACGCAACAUGUAAAGUGUUGGUCCCAUGUUCCAUGAGCUGAAAUAAAGAUCCCAGAAAUGUUCCAUACGCACAUAAAGCUUAUUUUUCUCAAAUUUUGUGCACACAUUUGUUUACAUCCCCGUUAGUGAGCAUUUCUCCUUUGCCAAGAUAAUCCAUCCACCUGACAGGCAUAUCAACAAGUUGAUUAAACAGCAUGAUCAUUACACAGGUGCACCUUGUGCUGGGGACAAUAAAAGGCCACUCUAAAAUGUGCAGUUUUUGUCACACAACACAAUGCCACAGAUGUCUCAAGUUUUGAGGGAGUGUGCAAUUGGCAUGCUGACUGCAAGAAUGUCCACCAGAGCUAUUGUCAGAUAAUUGAAUGUUCAUUUCUCUACCAUAAGCCGCCUCCAACGUUGUUUUAGAGAAUUUGGCAGUACAUCCAACCGGCCUCACAACCGCAGAUCACGUGUAACCACGCCAGCCCAGGGAUCGUCUGAGACCAGCCACCCGGACAGCUGAUGAAACUGAGGAAUAUUUCUGUCUAAUAAAGCCCUUUGGUGGCGAAAAACUCUCUGAUUGGCUGGGCCUGGUUCCCCAGUGGGUGGUCCUGGCUCCCCAGGCCCACUCAUGGCUGUGUCCCUGCCCAGUCAUGUGAAAUCCAUAGAUUAGGGCCUAAUGAAUUUAUUUCAGUUGACUGAUUUCCUUAUAUGAACUGUAACUCAGCAAACUCGUUGAAAAUGUUGCAUGUUGCGUUUAUAUUUUUGUUCAGUAUAUAAGGUAGUGCCAUUCGAAUCUAACCUUAAUGACUUUAAUUGAAUUAUGUAGGGGUGGCUCCUCACUCACUCCAAUGAUUGAUAUUUACUGGAAACAAAGCAUUAACAUGGGAUUGAACCUCCUCAUUAAUACUUAAUCUUAAUUAAGGCUUGUGUGUCUAGAGUGCUCAGGGAGAGGGGGCGCUGCCGACAGGCCAUGGGGAGGGAGGGUGAGGGUGUGUGUAGGCUCUAGGGGAGGGGCAGCUGUGUGCUGCUACCUUAGUAUCCACUCUCCUUUACCCUCUUCCCUCCUCUCUCCCCCUCAGUGAAGCUGUAACUCUAACAAUGAUGGAGUGAGCAGGUAAAGAGGAUAGAGAGUCCCAAAGCACAGUGGGUGGGCUGCUGCCUUCCUCUCCACGCAGCAGGGUUCUGCUGUAGACACACUGAGAACACAUGGAGGGGGGAGCCUCUGGCUCUGACCUUAUUUAGUGUACACUCCUUAGGGUCCUGAGCUCAGUCCCUAAGGAUGCCUACUUAUGCCAGAGAAAAUAGCCUGCGUCUCGCGCCACUGCACCGGAUCCAUAACAAGUCUGUAUAUUCAGAUGAUUGGUUCAUAGAACUUACAGUAUACAAAUGAGUUCACUUGCCUAGUCCCUUGUUCAACAUUGCAAAACACUACACAUUGUACGCCACUACAUAUAAGUGUGGAUGGUUUAUAGUUCAAGUAAAUGAGACAACAGAGAUUUUAUACGUUACAACCCUCUUGUUGUUAAGCUAUCUUUAAUUGUAAUCGCUCUCUAUCCUUCUAUCCAUCUCUCUCUCUCUCUCUCUCUCUGAGCAUAUCUUGUGAUUUGCUCAGAGCACCAUUAUGUUUGGUGUAACCUUUUAAACAGCAGCCCAGUCUUCAAACUGAACUCCUCACUCAGUCACAAGCUACUGGAUACACACCACAUGCCUGCAGCUUCCCAUUUAUCUCUCUCUCUCUCUCUCUCUCACUCUCUCUCUCUCUCUCUCUCUCUCUCUCUCUCACAAACACACACACACACACACACACACACACACACACACACAUACACACACAUUCCUUUACACACAAAGGCACAUUCUUGCAGUAUGUCUAGUGUAAAUAAUGUUAGUACCGGGGGCUUUUAAUGGAAUAUGAAAUCUAUCAGGCCACAGGUUUUUCUUAAUCCCAUAGAUAUUGUGCAUAUUGGGAAUACAUAAUGCAUGACAUAGCUCUACUUGCUGCAUCUGUACUGAUGUCAGUCAGACUGUUCAUCUUUUCACUUUUGGCUUCACCAACUACCCAGCACUCCCUUGUGCUCAAACUAUGAUUCACUGCAUGACCAACAACUGUUUCCUUGUUCUUCUUUGAUAUAUAACAACUCCUCUCCCCAGUAAUAUGUGAAUAUAUAUUUCAGUAUGUCAGUGAUUUAGGGAGCUGUUAACUCUUUACACGCGUGGGAAUUGGUCAAUAUGGAUAGGGCUAAAUUGAAAUGUUUCUUACAGAAGAAAUAUGAAAAGCAUAUGGUAGAAAUGGAAAGGGAACAGUUUGGAUAUUAUGGGGAAAUUAUUAGACCAAAGUUGAGGACACAACAGUUCACCUGACACAAGAUUGAAUCCAAACAUUACACUAUUGAUUUUAUGUGCAUUUUUACAUUUAGUGUACUUUUCGACACAUUUGUUGAUAACAAAAUCUGAAAAUACUCUGGAUGCAUUCAGUAACAUGAUAAGACUAUUCCUGGAAAAUAUGGGGUAGGUGCAACAUAAGGAAAACAAUUGCAAGGGUUUGAGUGAGAGGACUAACUGGUGUCUCCAAGUGGCCACACCUCUCCAAAGUGUGCACUGUUCCUAAAUAAUUUCAAUGCACUUUUAUGACUCAAAGAAGAGUCCUCAACUAUAAGGUGCUUUUUGAGCUCUCCUAACUGUGCCGUUGAGGAACUAGAGCAAGCACACUUGUAGUUGUUUUGUUUGGAACACAACCCUGUAUCCCCACCAUCACACAAUUACUAUUGUGGCGCAGUGGUCUAAGGCACUGCAUCUCAGUGCUUGAGGCGUCACUGUAUCACAACAGGCCGUGAUUGGGAGUCCCUUAGGGCGGCGCACAAUUGGCCAAGCAUCUUCCGGGUUUGGCCAGUAUAGGCCGUCAUUGUAAAUAAGAAUUUGUUCUUAACUGACUUGCCUAGUUAAAUAAAGGUGAAAAAAUGUAUUUAAAAAAAACAGCCCAAUAUUAAUUAGCAAUCUGGGUCAGGUGGGCAUAAUUUGAAAGCUUGUUCUAUUGCCAACAUGACUAGCUAAGUUAUAAAAUAAGAUCGUACAGUGUUAGGCUUUCACAAGGCAAUUCAGAGAAACAGAACGUAAUUGUGAUGUGCAUAGAAAGGAGUCAUGAGUGCAUUCAGGUGUGUGUUCUGAGACAAAUAUUCUUCACAACAGACAAACAGGCUCAUUCUGUUCAGAACAACCCAGGGUAUGACACCAUGUCAUCUUGUAACUGUACAUCAAACAUAGUGAUCAUAAACAUUGACACUGUAUAUGACAUGAGUUUUAUAAUAUGGAAAUGUCAAGUGCACAUUUGGACUCAUGGGUGCUUGGCUUGCUUGUAUGACAGCGAUCUGGACUCAGGGGUAGACCUAACAUAGUAAACAAAAAUCCGGGACACUCCAAUUAGUAUGAUAUGUUACGUUUGGUAUGGUAUGUAUUAAUUUGUGGACGUCCAUCAUCCAUUUGGUAUGAUAUGUUACGAAUUACAAUUCGUAUGAUACAGUAUGUUAUGAAUUCCAAUUCCAAUUAUAUGUUACGAAUUGCAAUUCGUACAGUAUGUUACGAAUUUGCAAUCCGCAAAUGAUAUGCUACGAAUUCCAAUUUAUUGUGGCUAAAGUUAGCUAGCUGGCAAACACUAACAUUAGCUAGGUGGCUAACGCUAAUGUUAGCUAGGCUAGGGGUUAGGAUUGGGGGUAAGGUUAGGGUUAAGGUUAGGAGUUAGGUUAAAGGGAAGGGUUAGCUAACAUGCUAAGUAGUUGAAGGUAGCUAAAAAGUAGUAAGUAGUUGUAAGGUUGCAAAUUAGCUAAAAUGCUAAAGUUGUCCGUAAUGAGAUUUCCUUAAGUUAAAUUCUGUCUUAUGUAGCCAUACCAAACAUAACAUAUCAUACUAAUUUCCGUGUCCCGGAUUUUUGUUUACUAUGUUAUGUCUAGUCUAUGAGACCAGGCUGUUGUAUGACAUCAAAGCAGUAUUUAUUAUCAUCCUUAACGACUCAUUAAUUUACAGCAUUUCCCUCACUCAGACGACAAUUUUUUUUGCCCAAUUAGUGGGAGGGAUGGGGGCAACUUCUUGUCUCGUGCGGUGCUCAAGUUCAGAAUGGCUGUCAGUCAAAAUCCUACUGAGCUCUGACGUAAUUUAUAGCAUUUUACUGUACAGCCACUGCAUUCCAAUUUAGGUGCUUAUCAGUGCCCAAAUAUACGCGUAUAUGGGUACAGGUGUAAAGGGCUACAGUCAUCUUUGGUUUUGCAUUUUGCAUUUUGCAUUUCAUGUGUUUUAGAGGUUUGAAACACAAACAUUCACAAAAAAUUGCAUUUUUGGGAGCAUGUGAUCUUGACAGUUAUGACUGUGGCCCCCAUGGCUAAACAUUUUUCAGAGUUCUGCUAACAGAACUGGCUCCCAUUCAUGAAUUUGGAAAACAUCUUAGAAGGAAAAUAAAAUGUAUCCUUGGGGUUUGGAUAAUACACAGCUGACAUCUCCGAGGCAGCACAAACAAUUGGGUCUUGGUCUGGUGGCAAAAAACUAAGAACCACAAGAUUGUAUAUUGCGUAAUUUAAUAUGCCUCUAAAAACACAAUCUUGCAAUCAUAGAAAGAAAACAGUGAAGUUGUGUUUUGGGCAAAGCCAAUGUCAGGCAGGCUAUGCUUUUACUCCCAUUGCUAAAGCUCAAAGGUAGAAUAAAUAUGUCAUCACUGAGCUUAAGAGAUGGGCUUAAGAGAUGUACUCAACCUAUCAAGUCUAUUUUGUCGCUUAGUCCAUCUGUCCACACUGACAAUUGUUCCUGUUCAUGGUUAUGUUCAGUGUAACAUACCGUGGAAAUUCCCUGAAACGUAAUACCUUUCAUACUCAUUUGACCCAUUUGUCUUACGUCAGAGAGGGCAAGGCUGUCUGUACAUUUGAUUUGUGAUACAUUUCAUAUUCAUCUGACUUUUAUGUUUUUUUUAACUGUGCAUAGUUCCAGUAACUCAUUUAGUGCUUAUCAUGUGGGCAGUAACAGUUCUCUACUCAUGCUAAGCUUGAAGUGAGAGAGAGAAGACUUGCUCAGUUUUCCUGCGGGAUGAGAGUUCAAGUGCAUGUCUUUGACCUAGUCUCCAGUCCAUGUUUACACAACAUAUAAACCACACCUUUGGCUGCUCCAGUGGAGAUCUGAACAACUGCCACAAAUAAUUUUAAUCUACACUACAGGGUCAAAUCCUGUUCUCAUUUUCAAUUAGUUUUUGGAAACAUAUUAUUUUCUUUUUUGGAAGAUUUAGCAGUUAAAGCAAAUCAUAUUCACAAUCAAAAAUUGACUAAUUUAACACCAUCUAUGAGAUAGCGUUGAAAGGAUCCUGUGAGAUUGCUGGUUCAUUGUUUGUUCAGCUUUAGCCCAACGUCAGCCUCUUUCUUUUAUAUAUCAAUAGGCUGUGUCUUACAUCAGGGAACAACAAUUUUCUCAUUAUUGCCUCUUCUCUCUCCCUUUCCAUCCCUCCUCUCUACAGAGUCGUAUGGCAGAGAGCCUGCGUCUGUUUGACUCCAUCUGCAACAACAACUGGUUCACCAACACCUCACUCAUCCUCUUCCUCAACAAGAAGGACCUGUUGGCCGAGAAGAUCAAGCGCAUCCCUCUGACCGUGUGCUUCGCCGACUACAGAGGUCAGAACACCUAUGAAGAGGCGGCGGUCUAUGUGCAGCGGCAGUUCGAGGACCUCAACCGCAACAAGGAGACCAAGGAGAUCUACUCGCACUUCACCUGCGCCACAGACACCAGCAACAUCCAGUUUGUGUUCGACGCCGUCACGGACGUGAUCAUCCAGAACAAUCUCAAGUACAUUGGGCUGUGCUAG